UUGACUACUCGCCAAAAUCAAUCCGAUAGUUGGGGAGAUUUCUUGGCAAGCUAGCAGUUUUGCUGACUUUUUCUUUUUUUUUUUCCCACCUAUAUCUCAUAAGCUUAGUAUCUGGUUUAUCUAACUCCAAAGAAUAAUAAAUAAAAUCAAUUUUCUAAGUCUAGACGUUCUUGAGAAUCAGCUUCAAUUUCUUACACAACAAUCUUCUUUUAGGGCAUAGAACCUAUAAAUUACAUUCCUCUUUUUGCAGGAAUAAAGUCAUGUAUUAAGAAUUUCAUUCUACAAAAGAACUUGAUCAUCAUGUCCUCUCCCAAAAGAAUCAGAAUCAAAAUAAUCUUCCCUUCAUUACGAUCAUUAUCGGCGGAGACAAUUGCCAACAACGAUGAUCUCUUAACCCAAAUCCUUCUCCGUCUGCCCGUCAAAUCCCUUCUCAGAUUCAAGUGUGUAUCCAAGCGUUGGCUCUCUCUCAUCUCCAAUCCUCUCUUCUACUUUCGCCUGAACCCCUCCAACUCUCCUUGUGCUCUCUUGGCACAAAGAAGUCUAGUCAACUUUGAAUUCGACUUCAUCGAGCUUGAUUCUAACCAUUCUAAUCCACCCUUCAACACUCUGAAUUUUUUUAAUCACACAUCUGUUAUCGAAGUCAUUCAGUCCAGUAAUGGAUUACUAUUGUGUGGUAGUUUCUGUAGAUAUUCACGCAAACAAAGGUAUUACAUUUGCAAUCCUACUACCAAGCAAUGGAAAUUACUUCCUCCACUGACUCAAGUUGGUGAAACUGCUGGUCUUUAUUUAGCUUUUGAUCCAAAGAAAUCACCUUACUACAAAGUUAUUUGCGUACAUCAAGACGACAUUUCAGAACCAGAAUAUAGAAUACUGACUUACUCUCCAGAAAUCGGUCAAUGGAGGGCCUCAUCAACUGCGACUUUCAAUCUACCCUUCGAUGUUGGAUUCUACGGAGGGGUUUUCUGGAAUGGUUCUGUUCAUUGGUAUACUGAUUCAGGUCCUUCUGUACGUUUUGAUGUCGAGCAAGAAAAAAUUGAAGAAAUGCCAAUGCCUCCAACUCCAGACGAUUGGUAUCGAAGAAGGGUCAAAUAUUUUAACGAGUCUAAAGGACAUCUGCUCCUGAUUGAAAUUUAUACUCCGCCCUCUACACAGUUCAAUGUGUGUGAGAUGAAAAGGGACUAUUCAGGAUGGGAUGUCAAGUAUCGUGUUAAUCUUGAAGGAGUUGUAAGUGCAUUUCCUGGAAUGAUUAGAUCCUAUCUUGAUCAUUAUGCGUUGAAUUACUAUAUUUUUCAAAUACAGAGUAUUAUAAUGGGAGAAAGCGACGACGAGGAUUAUAUGGUGCUGCAUAUACCAGCAUUAUUCUUGAAGUAUAACUUUAAGGAUGGAAGUUUUAAGAAGCUUUGUGAUUUUGAUCCUUUUUGCAAGGACGCCUCCAACUUUGUGUAUUGUAAUGCUUACGAGUAUAUUGAGAGUCUUGCUUGUGUUUGAUGAUUGAUUUCUGUUAGUUCUGAGGCUUUUUUGCUUUGUUAAGUUUUUGGAAUAAUCAAACUUUGAGUAUUUUCGUGUUUUACUUA